AUGAAGUUCUUCGCUGGUCUCACCAUCCUGGCCUCCCUUGUGAGCGCUUCUCCCAUCGAGCUCGUGAAGAGGGACACUCCGCUCCAAGCCAAUGUGACCAAGAACGGCAACACGGCUGUCAAGAUCGCCUUGAAAAACGUUGGCAAAGUUGACCUCAAGCUCUUCACUCCCGGCACCAUCUUGGACACGGCUGCCGUUGAAAAGGUUGCCGUCUUCAAUGGAGACAACCGCCUCCCCUUUGAUGGCGUCCGCUUGCGCAUGGCCCCACAGAAUCUCCUCACCGACGCCUCCUUCAGGACAAUCAAAGCUGGCGAGACUAUUGAAUCUGCAGUCGACUUUGCAGAAUUGCAUGACUUGGGCAAGGCCGACACCUUCAAAGUCAUGGUCAACGGCGGUAUCCCUUACGCACAGGCCGGCUCGACAACCAUCGCCGGCGUCCUGAACAUCGACAGCAACACGCUCAACAUCAACAACGUCAACGUUACCAAGGCGGCCCUCACACGCACGUCAUACAAGCAGAUGAUCAAGCGAACCAUUGUACAGUCCGAUUGCAAGGGCGUUCAGAACAACACUGUGACCGCGGCUCUCAUCAGCUGCCAGAAGCUCGCCCGCGCCGCUGCCGACUACGUCACCAAGGACGAUAAGCGCUUGACCGAGUACUUCAAGUCGACUACCGCUGCCAGCAAGAAGACCGUCGUCGACACCUUUAACAAGGUCGCUUCCGAGUGCGGCAGCCGGAACAAGGGCGUCUCCAAGCAAUACUGCAGCGACGUCUACAAGUCCUGCUCUCCCGGCGUCCUGGCCUACACCGUCCCGGCAUACAAGUACAUGGUCAACUGCCCUUUGUACUUCACUGCGCUUCCUUUGCUUACCACCGGUUGCCACAACCAAGACCAGUCGACGACAACUCUGCACGAGAUGACGCACUUGCUCGAGGUCAAGGGAACACUCGACUUUGGCAUUUACGGCUACACUGCAUUGAAGACUCUUACGAGCGCUCAAAACCUCAACCAUGCGGAUACCUAUGCGGUCUACGCGAAUGCUGUCAACAUGGGCAAGACUUGCUAG